UUGUGUUUGCUGGAUCUUGCUUAUCUUUUGUGUUCUGGGGUAUAGCCGGAUGAGAUGUUUGAUUCUUCGUAUGAGGGAUUGCUGUCGCUGGGUGAAACGCUUGGCGAGGUUCGGUCAAAGGCUACGCCGUCCGAUGUCAUUGCUUCGCUUCCGACAGGGACUUAUCAAGCGUGGGCGAAGGAGGACAGUGAGACAAGGUGUCCGAUUUGUUUGGAUGAUUAUGGGCGUGACGAUCCUGUUACGAAGCUCGUCGAAUGUACCCAUUGGUUGCAUAAGGCUUGUUUGGAGCAAUGGCUCAGGACCGCGAAUACUUGCCCUGUAUGUCGCAAGAAAGUCAAGGGCUCUCCGAAGUGCCCGUAUAAGCCCAGUCCGACAAGCACGAUUACAAGUGCGGGGACUAGUGGCUCAGGGCCAAGAGAACCUGAAGUGGGAGCAAGUGGCAAUCACGGCCGGUCAUCGAGCUCGGACUCUGCCUCUGGGGUUGUUGCCUUGCGUUUGAGUGAAUUGAUUGGUCGCGCCCGCCGAGGGUCCAACGCCCAAUCAGGGAGCGGUCCCCAGCAGCAAUCAUUAUCCCGUGUACAACCCAAUGCUGUUACCCCUGCCGAGCCGACAAGGUUCAACGGCGGAGGUACCCAUUUCCAUCAUCACCAUCACCACUAUCUUCACAUCCACCCACCCCGUCCUGACCAAUCCCACGGUUCACCGUUCCUAGAUCCUUAUCGUCAACCCCCCUAGCUCGACUGCAAC